AUGCGCCUCAAUCUCUCUAAAAAUUCAAAACCCAACCCGCUGAAACCGAACCCACUAGCCGGCGGCGGCGGCCAGAAGCGCAAGAAGGGCGUAUUUGGCGGGGAUUCUGACGAUGAAGACGGACAGGAGCGCCGUGGUACCGAAGCACAGGAGACGGCAAUUUCAACAUUAGGAGGAAUUGAUGAUGACGCGCCCAGUGUUUCGGCCGGAAACUCCGACGAUGCGCGGCCCGCGAAACGCAAGAUCGUCCCUUUGGGCCAAGGCGCGAAACCGAAGAUCAAGCCGUUGAGCAAGGCAUCGAUCUUUGCGGAUGACGAAGACGAUGAGAAAACGGAUGGGCAAGAUAUCAACAAAGAUAAAGCGGGGCACGGAGGAACAAAAUACGGCCUCAACUCCGCGCCCCCGGACCGCGAAUACACAAACCUCUCGGCGCUCCACAGCAGCAAGAAACACGCCGCGGAAGCGCAAGACGUCGACCCCUCAAUCUACUCCUACGACGCCGUCUACGAGUCCCUCCACGUGAAACCGAAGAAGAAAUCCACCGCCGAAGACGACGAAAGCGGUGACGGCGUCCCCCGCUACAUGACCUCCCUCCUCCGCAGCGCCGAAAUCCGGAAACGCGACCAGAUGCGUGCGCGCGAUCGACUGCUUGCCAAGGAGCGCGAAGCCGAGGGCGAGGAGUUUGCCGAUAAGGAGAAGUUCGUUACGAGUGCUUACAAGGAGCAGCACGAGGCUGUUAUGAAGGCCGCGGAUGAGGCGGCGAGGAAGGUCAAGGAGGGUGCUACUGGAGAUGGUGCACCUGCGACGUCGGAGGAGGAGGAGAAGGAGAAGGAAAAGACAGAAGCUCAAAUGGCAGCGGAACUGAAUGCCCGCGGCGCUCACAUCGCCGUCAACGACGACGGCCAGGUCGUCGACAAGCGCCAACUCCUCUCGGCGGGACUGAACGUCGCACCGAAACCAAAGACCGCCGCACCAACUGUCGGUAAACCCAGCGCUGGACCAUCUGCUGCAUCGCGAGCCCGACCCGUCCAGACGGGCGGACGCGCGGCCCAACGCGCUCGCCAGACCGAGAUGAUCGCUGCACAAUUGGAAGAGCAAGAGCGACAGCGCCAGGAGGCCGAGGCGGCGAAGCAGAGGGAGAUUGCGGAGCGGAAUCGCAGCCAGAAGACGAAUACCGAGGUGUCGAGUGCGCGCGAGCGAUACUUGGCGAGGAAGAGGGAGCGCGAGGCUGCGAAGGGGUCGUAG